GCCGAGGUUGUCUUCGCCGACCUUCGAUGACGCAUUUAUGUAACUUUGCGUAACUGCGCGAAAUACAAAGCGACACGGACAGAAGCAGAGAAGCUUAAACUAGUAUUCGGUGCUGACACCAAGCUUUCACUGACCGACCCUCCCCUACACUCAUGGAGUAUGGGAAAGAUAGAGUGGUGGCGUUAGUAGACAUGGACUGCUUUUACGUCCAGGUGGAGCAGAGGCUGAAUCCAGCUCUGAGGAACACUCCCUGUGUGGUAGCCCAGUACAAGACGUGGAAAGGAGGCAGUAUCAUAGCUGUGAGCUACGAGGCCAGGGCCCAUGGUGUCACCAGGAACAUGUGGGUGGAUGAUGCAAAGAAACUGUGCCAAGAUCUCCAGGUGGCACGAGUGCGCGAGUCUCACGGCAAGGCAGACCUGACAUAUUACAGGGAGGCAAGUGUGGAGGUGAUUGAGGUGAUGUCUCGCUUUGCCGUGAUUGAGCGAGCCAGUAUUGAUGAGGCCUACAUGGAUCUGACUGCUGCGGUCCAGCAGCGGCUGAAGAACAUGACAGACAAACAAAUAGAGCCUCAUUUGCUGAGGACGACAUACAUUCAGGGUUACCCGCAAACUUUUUCAGAACAGGAGGCAUCUGCAGAGGACAUUGUCUUGGAUAAAGAGGUGCAGAGGUCCAGAGGUCUCCAGCAGUGGCUGGCAUCAGCAUCUGUUCCUCUGUCAGGAGAGCAGAACUCUGCAGAACUACGGCUAACUGUGGGGGCAAUCAUUGUCGAGGAAAUGAGGGCAGCUGUGGAGGAACACACAGGCUUCCGCUGUUCAGCAGGGAUUUCGCACAACAAGGUACUCGCUAAACUAGCCUGUGGUCUGAACAAGCCUAAUCGACAAACUGUUUUGCCGUUGGACUCUGUGACAGAACUUUUCAACUCUCUACCCAUUAGUAAGAUCCGUAACCUGGGGGGUAAGCUGGGUGCCUCCAUUACAGAAACUCUGGGAAUAGAGAACAUGGGAGAGAUGACUCGCUUCUCACAGGCCCAACUGGGACAGCACUUUGGAGAAAAAACAGGUCAGUGGCUUUAUGACUUGUGUAGGGGGAUUGAGUUUGAAGCGGUGAAACCCAGACAGCUUCCCAAGUCUAUUGGCUGCAGUAAAAACUUCCCCGGGAAAACAUCGCUGGUUACAAGAGAGCAGGUGCAGUACUGGCUUCAUCAACUGGCCCUGGAACUGGAGGAGAGGCUAACCAAGGACAGAGAAGUGAAUGGUCGAGUGGCUAAGUUGUUGACAGUUGGUGUACGUCAGCUGGGGGACAAGAGGCCGAGCAGCUUCUCACGCUGCUGUGCUUUAUCUCGCUACGAGGCGACCAAAAUAUCCGGUGACAGCUUUGCCAUCAUCAAGAGUCUCAACACAGCAGGAAACCACCAGGCAGCAUGGACUCCACCCCUCACCCUGCUACAUAUCUCGGCAAGCAAAUUCAAUGACGCUCCAUCAGCAGGGGGGAUAGCCGGCUUCCUUUCCAGUGAUGUCACCUCAACCCAAAGUCCUUUCUCUACCACCCAGACACCCGCUGAACUGAAAAAUGAUUCCACAUGCAAACAGCCUGGCACCAUUCAGUCUUUCUUUCAAAAGGCAGCUAAGAAACAAAGACAGAAGAUUACAAAAGGAGAAGAGGAGGAUGAUGAAGAUGCAGGUUCCACAGUAAUUCUCCCAUCAUCCUCCUCUAAUAAAACCUCUGCAACUGAUUGUCAGUUGGAGGUAGAUACCAAUUGCCCCGUUUCAUCCUUCAGUCUUUCUUCUCAGUCUCAAAAUGGUUCAGCCAGCCCUCAUAGUGACAUCUCCUCUUUCUUCCACAAGAAGAGUGUUGAAAGAAGCUCACAGGCUGCAGCCUCGACCUUGAGCAAGCCUGAAACGGGACAAAGGCCAGGGUCUGUCGAUACAGAACACCCUGAUGACACUGUUACUGUUGUGUCAGGCCUGCAGGUAAAAGAUAGUGAUGUAAAACAUAGCACAGGGUUUACAUCUCACCAGUUGCCAUGUGAAGAGUUAAGGGAUGAACUGGACAUUGAGGCAGAGAAAAAUCACCAUCUUCCUAGUGUAGCCAAAGAAGACCUGAUAAAAUGUGAUCGCUGUGAUCAGGAGGUGUCAGUCUGGGAAAUGCCUGAACACAAUGACUAUCACUUUGCCCUCGACCUCCAGAACUCACUCUCUUCAUCCUCAGGUUCAGCAGCUGCCUCUUCCUCUACCUCAGGUGUCUCUCUAACUCCUCACAGAGUAGGAGCGUCCUCCCGUGGUAAAACAAAAACCAGAGGCCAGUCAGGACCUCAGCCGAAAAGGCAACGCUCCCAAGGCGGAAGUACGGGCACUCUGGAUUCCUUUUUCAAGAGGAACUGAAGAUGGGCUGUAGAACAGCAUUUUUAAAUUAAAUUAAAGUCUGAUCUUUGAUAAAUGCAUAUAUAUCAUAGACAUACAUUUGGUAAAAGAAUGGAAAGCCAUAUUAAAACAGGAUCACAAUUGGACUUGUUUGAAAUGAUAAAUGUCAUUAUGUUGUAUUUUAGAAGAAUGUCCAAGAAUUAAAGAGUUUAUUUGGAUAAUUUGUUUUACACAUGACUUUGAUUAUAAAAGGAAAAGCUAUUUUAAUAUUGUAAACCAGAGUAUAAAGAAGAUACUUUUCAUA